AUGAGAUGGACGGAUGAGUUACUUGAUGUAUCUGUUAGUUUCUUGGAUAUUUUCAGCAAUAUAUCCGAUCUCAUGUUGCAGACAAAACCACAUGUGAGGGAUCUUGGGUGUGAUCUAUGGAGAAAUGGUGGUCCCCGCAUCAACAUAAUCAUUGAAAAUAACACUGCCUUCAGAAAGAAACUGAGAAGAGACAUUAGAACGUCGGUAGCAAGUCUGAAUCGAUUGGAUGACAUGAUUGGCCACUUUACCUUGGUAGAUCUCGAAAACAAACAUCUCAUAUCGGUGAUCCGGGUGUUCAGAGAUGUUAAAGCAUUCAUGGCUGUUGUUCUGCAAUUAUUGUUUAAAUUCUUGGCUACUCCACUUUUGAAGACAAGAUCGAGAAGUAGAUGGAGAGCAGUCUCAAGAUAUAUAUCCAAAAGUAAAGUGGUACCAGAAGAAAAAGCUGACACUAAUAUAAAUGAGUUUCAACACCUUGAUGCUUCACUAUUCAGAUACGGGACAAGUAACAAACUGGAAUUCAUCCAACUCGUACGAAAGAAACUAGAGGAAUUUGAGGCUACUGUCGACGACAUCAACUCUCACAUGGAAUCAAUGUCGAGGCGCCUGAUUACAACCAGAAUCUCUGUUCUUGUCUUCAUCUCUUUCUACUAG